GUUUUAUGUCAACAAUUUUAUGUUCUAAACAAAACAAUACACAAAAGACUUGUCUCUAAACGAAAUUAAUCAUCACGUUUGCAAUUCCAAAUCUCUAUACGCUCUAAUUCUUGCAAACCCUAAUUCGCCUCAAAUCCGCGAUAAUUUCCUGAUCAAUUUCAUCUCCUGCGUACCCUUCCGCCCAAAUUCAAAAGGCUAGUGUUACUGCACAUUUCUGAACGUUUCGAUGAUUCAACAUUUGGGGUUUUCACCUGACUAGUUGCUUGGAUAAUGGGGGCUCUAACCAGCAACAGGAAGGGAGUAGGCGAUUACUUCAUAAACAUUUCAUCUCCCACCCCGUUUGACAAAUCGUACGGCCACAUUUCCAAAAAACCCAAGCUUUCAGCUUGCAUGAGUCCAAAUACGCCGCAGAAUAAUCGUGCGGCCGCGGCGUCAGUGGUGAAUUCGGUUGCUGCCAGAAUUGCCCAGUAUCCGGAGAGGAAAUUGGGGUUUCCGAGAACAGUUCACGCCCCGGUUAGUCAUAGAUUUGGAAGUUUAUCUUCUGUAUUAGCUGCUGGUUCUAGGGAUUCCCCAGCUGAUAAAAUGGGGAGAUUUGGUUUUUUCUAUCGAAACUACGAAAAAAUUAAGGAUUCAGCAUUGAGAUCACUAAGGUACGUGGGUUCGGGGAAGCAGAAGGAAAAGGAGGUGAUUAAGAUUGAUAGCAGCGAUGAACUGGAUUGUGAUCAUGUCUCCAAGGAUUCUAGCAUAGGAAAGGUGGAGAUUGUGGAUUUCCAACGGAGAAGGUGGAAGGGGGAAGAAGGGGCUGCCGAGAAAGAAGUGAGGUCUUUAGAUUCUUAUGUGAUAACAGAUGUUAGCAAUGCAGUUGCAAAGGUUGAAAAUAUGGAGACGAAUGGGUUGUCGUUGAUGGACCCUGCGGCUGACGAUUCGGAGCAGCCAUUUUAUAAGAAAUUGCACAAUCAGGCAAACAAAAUGGAUCAUGGGCUCAUCAACAUUAGUUUACGUAUAGAUUCACACGAAAAGCAGAUUCAAGGGCUGCGGUCAUUGCGGACUACAAAGAAAGAAGAGCCUAUUGAGAAGGAUGUGGCAGAGGAGUGCUUCGUGCCUCUUACCCGUGAGGAAAAGGCUGUGGUUUCUCGCGCUUUGUCUAAUUCCCACAGGAAAAAGAUUUUGGUCUCUCAUGCGAAUUCUGGCAUUGAUAUUUCUGGAGAAAUAUUACAGUGUUUGAGGCCCCGAGCAUGGCUUAAUGAUGAGGUUAUUAACGUGUAUUUUGAGUUGUUGAAAGAAAGGGAAAAGAGGGUACCAGAGAAGUUUCUCAAUUGCCAUUUCUUUAAUACCUUCUUUUACAAGAAGCUUAUGAGCGGUCAUGGUGGCUACAAUUUUCAAUCAGUUCGGAGAUGGACCACACAGAAAAAGCUCGGAUAUAGUCUUUUAGAGUGUGAAAAAAUUUUUGUGCCUAUCCACCAAGAAAUCCAUUGGUGUUUGGCAGUUGUCAACAAAAAGGAUGAAAAGUUUCAGUAUCUUGAUCCACUCGGAGGUCGUGACAGUCAAGUUCUGAAUGCACUGGCCAAGUAUUUUGAGGAUGAGGUGAAGGACAAGUGUGGAAAGGAUAUCAACCUUAACACAUGGGAGAAAGAAUUUGUCACAGAACUUCCAGAGCAGUUAAAUGGACAGGUUCGAUUGUGGCAUGUUCAUGAUUAAAUAUGCCGACUUCUAUAGCAGGGAUAUUGGACUCUGCUUUAGCCAGGAAAAUAUGCCUUAUUUUAGAGAGAGGACUGCGAAGGAGCUUUUGAAAUUGAGAGCAGACUGAUGAACAGAGAUCUGACUCUCUUUCAUUUUGCCUAUACUAUACUUUUGCUGGCUCCAACGCAGAAGAUCAUCGAAAAUGUCGAAUUAUCAUAUUAUAAGAUGCUCUUUCCUUAAAGUACAAAGAUGGGUUUCACAUUGCCGUAAUUUAUUGCAAGUUUGACUCUGCACUGUAGUUGCUGGAGUUCCCAGCCUCGUUCGUCAAGCUUGCUUGUAAGAAUCAGCAAAAGCACCGAAACUGGAGUGCUGAGCGACACAGCUUGAUGGCCACCUGGUUGAGUAUGAAUCAAUUAUGAUUUGACACUUUACAUCCUGUAAAUGUGUUCAUAGUAAGUUUGCAGCUUAGCUAUCAGAAUUUUGUUAGAAUUCUUUUUUAGGGGUAUAAAGUGUAUGAAAUCUUAGUCGGGUUUUCCCCCUUUUGCUCAGGAAGUUUGACUACAUAUUUGAAGAAAAAAUUGAUGCUGUUAAUGGAGAUUUUUCAUCUACUA